GAUACACAGCGGCCCGUGCGCCUAGUUAUUGUGAUAUCCGUGUGUGUGGCGUGUGCCGUGGCAUUUUUUGUUGCUGUGUUGUACGUUGUUGAACUUGGGACGACACUAGUUGUGCGUGGUAGCUGUCGUCGUGUGUUUGAUCGCUGUUCGAAGGAUUUGGUACGUUCGUGCAGUGGUACCUAGGGUGAGUUAAUCCGACAACCGCGUGGGCGACAUACUCAUUGCUCACGGAGAGACAUAAAUUUACGGUGUAAACUCCAUCGUUUGUUGUGCAUCGUGCCUAAUUAAUCGGGUCAUCGAAUGCGCAUACCCUGUCGGGCUGAUAAUUGUAAUUUGAACGUUGUCGCGUUGUCCGUUAAACUUUGAGCAAUUAUUCGUCAGUGUCGCCGCCGCCGCCGUGAGGUCAUUGACCAUUGUGCCGCCGCCGCCGCCGUCAACAGCUGAUGUCGCGGCGUUAUCACCUACCACCGCCGCCGACGUUGUCAUAUUUGUAAUAUCUCGACGAGUAUCAUCGCCAUCACCGCUGUGGUAUCGUACUAUCAUUAUUAUUGUUUUAUAUUUUUAUCCUUGUCCAUGGGACAUAUUGUUUUUUUUUUGUAAAAUUAUAAUCAUUAUUCGCUGACCGACAAAGAGACGUCUUUGACGGCAGCAACUCUGUACAAUAUUUAUUCACGUGCAUUGUUAUUAUUUCAUCUAUAUUAUAUAUUAUAUAUUAUUAUUGUAAAGCAGCUAUUGUGUUAGCAUUUAUUAUCAAGAACUCAGCGUCACCUCACCCCCAUACCAGCGCGAGUCGUCGUAGCUAACCGCCAUAUAUCGUAGGAGUUACGUCGGAGUAGAACAUUUUGGUAGCAGAGCGUGGUUGAUGGACCUGGGUUAGGGUCCAAGUAGCGUUGUAUAUGGGUCUGUUGUUGUGUGAUAGUAUUAUAUCGUAUUAUUAAAUUAUAUUACAUCGAUUAAUAUUGAAUUGUAAAUGUUACAGUAGUCGUACAUUUGUUUAUUUUACGUACAUAUUUAUUGGUUAUUAUUUCUUUGCGGCCUAGGUAUUGUGGUAACUGUAAUUUUCAGGUGGAUAUUUUCUCGUUGUGGGUAGGUUGGUUGUAAUUUUAUUUAGUCAAAAUGGGAGACGACCAAGAACGUGCGCAGCGGCUGCGAGAUCGUGCUAUUACCAAGCGAACCACAGUUGUGUCACAAAUUCGAGGUAUCCAUGCUCAAGGUUCACGUGCAUUAUUGGAUUCGACAUUGGUGUCUGACUUCCAGCACGCAGCAGUCGAUCUCGAUGCGUUGUGGAUCCAGUUCAGGACAGAGGACGAUUCUGUAUUGAAUCAUCUUAGUGAUUUAGGUGAACUCAACGACUAUUCUCCGGAUUUGCCAGGUGAAGUGCGUAACCUCAUCACUACGUCGAAAUCUAUGAUCAGUCAACUCACACCAUCUGGCGCUGAGCUUAUUGAUCUAUCUUACCUUAAGAACCAGGUUGAUAAGCGUCAAAACGUUAGUCAUCAGGGUGGUUCAUCGUCGUCGUCCACCUCCAUCCCAUCAUCUCGUUUACCCGAAAUACCCUUGCCUAUAUAUGAUGGUGAUUUUCACCAGUGGCCUACAUUUCGCGAUCAAUUCCGCGCAAAUAUCGAUUCAAGGCCCAUACCUAAGGCGGACAAAAUGUAUUAUCUAGUUGGCUGCUUACGUGGGGUGGCUUCUGAUGCCAUACGUGGCAUACCGAUGUCUGAAGACAACUAUGACCUGGCUUGGUCAACAAUUGAACACCGGUUCAAUAGGCCACGAUUAGUCGCCAUGUCGUUAAUUGACAAACUGUUCCAAUUACCCGUGUCCACUCACGAAUCAUUGACAGACUUAAAUACAUUUGUCAGUAAAUUCAGCGAAGGCCUCUCCCUAUUAAAAUCACUAAAAAUUCCGGACUCGGGUUCCUUCGUAUUGUUUUCAAUGGCUUUUCGCUGUUUACCAAUCGCAACUAGGGAACUGUUCGAAACUACUGUCACGAAUCAGGGUGACUAUCCGACUAUUGAUGCAUUACUGGCGUGCAUUCAGUCUCGAGUGUCAACGUUGGAAAUUAUUGGUGAUUCGAAACCAGGAACCGCGAAUUCACAGUCGAAGUCGUAUCGUCCGUCGAACCGUAAGGGAGAUCGCUCCAGUCAUUCUGGCUACUCACAUGCUGCAUCAUUGCUUACAACGAAGUCUGGAAAAUCUUGUCCAUGCGGCACGGCAAGUCAUACCUUGGACUCCUGUAGUCAAUUUGUGUCGUGGGCAAUCGAAGAACGUAGUAAAUGGAUGCGUGAUCACAGUUUAUGUUUCAACUGCUUUAGCGAUUCUCACUGGUCUAACAAGUGUCGGUCAAAACCAAGUUGCAAGCAAUGCUCUCGGAACCAUCACACCUUGUUACACAUGGGUGGACGCAGUACCAAGGAAAAGGUUCCUGAAUCCAAAGCUAACUCCUCCUUGUGUGCAUCUCAACCGAUGUCCGCCACUUCUACAUCAUGUUCAGUGAUGCUGGGAACAGCGCUUGUCCACGUGCGUGACCGUUCCGGUACAUGGCAGACGAUGCGUGCAUUGGUUGAUUGUGCUUCACAAAUAAGCGCUGUUACGGUAUCAUGCGCGGACCGCCUUGGUUUAAAACGCUCUAGCUGGACUGCGCCUGUUACUGGUUUAGCUGGGCAUCCUGUUUCUAGUGUAAUGGGCCGAAUUGACUGCAUCGUCCAGCCCCGGUUUGCACCUGAACCAUCGUUGGCCAUUCAAGCUUGGGUAUUGCCGUCCAUCACUGGAGAUAUGCCCCAUAAAACAUUGAGUUCUGCCAUUAAGGAUAAGUUCUCAAAUCUUGCCCUGGCUGACCCUUCAUUCUACGUCGCAUCUAGUGUGGACAUGCUGCUGGGUGCUGACAUAUACGCCACUAUUAUGAAUGGCCAUAAAAUUGAAAUUGACUCUUCUCUUCCUUCGGCAUUCAAUUCGGUAUUUGGUUGGAUACUAAUUGGACCUGUUCCACAUACCAUCAUCGAGCCACUUCAUGCGCUUCCGGUAUCGCUGACCGUAUCCAUUGAGGAGCAGAUGAACAAAUUUUGGAACAUCGAAGAACCUGAAGCGGCUCCAGAUGCGUUCACCGAUGAAGGGAAGUGUGAGUCCAUAUUCACGAACGAAUGUGUGCGGCUACCAUCUGGUCGUUUCUCUGUUCCUUUACCGUUUCGAGUCCCUGUUUCACCAACAACAUUUGCUGGUUCUCGUUCAAUGGCAGUCAAGCGUUUUGAGUCAUUGGAGAGGAAGCUAUUGUCUAAUCCAUCUUUGCAGACACUAUAUACGAAUUUUAUGGGCGAAUAUUUGGCAUUAGGUCAUAUGUCGGCCGCGACCACGCCCGGUCAUUAUUUUGUCCUUCAUCAUGCAAUUUAUAAGGCAGAUGAUGGUGACGCAAAGAUCCGUGUGGUGUUCGAUGCGUCUGCGCGAUGUUCAGCCGGACCGUCGUUGAAUAGUUGUUUGCUUCCAGGGCAGAAGCUCCAACAGGACCUAAUCGAUGUCCUAACGCGAUUUCGCAUUUACCCACAUGCAUUCACGGCGGACAUCUGCAAAAUGUACCGUCAAAUCCAAGUGCUACCAGAGUACCGCAAGUACCAGCACAUUCUGUGGCGAUCAUCUCCACAUGACCAGCUUGUUGAGUAUCAGUUAAAUACCGUCACGUAUGGAGUGACGUGUGCUCCAUUCCUGGCCAUACGCGUGCUUCAGUCAAUUGCUGAAACUGAUUGCGUCGACGCCGAUCAUGUCCGUGAUGCCUUGCUGUACCAGACAUACGUCGACGAUAUCUGCGUAGGAGCGGAUUCAGUUGAAGGAGCUUUGGAGUUCCAAUCGUCUUUACAGCGUAUUCUCGUAAAAUCUGGGCUCGAACUUAAAAAAUGGUCCAGCAACACUCAUGAAAUUUUGACGUCCGUGCCGGCAGCUGAUCGGGUAAGCACGCCGUUACCAUUCCACGAUUCCGAAGAUGUAGGAACAAAGGUACUGGGAUUGCAAUGGAACCCUAACGAAGAUUUUUUCAGUUGUGCGUUGCGCUUUAAACCAUCUCCAGUAUUCACUAAACGUGGCGUGUUGUCAAUGGUAGCCAGAAUUUUCGACCCGUUGGGGUUAUUCGGCCCGACAAUUUUUCGGGCAAAAUGCAUCAUGCAGCGAACGUGGCAACUAGGAUUGACGUGGGAUGAACCAUUGCCUCCUGAAAUCCAUGCUGAUUGGUCCUCGUUUCUGUCCGAUCUGCCAUCUUUAUCGACGAUUCGAGUCGCACGCCACUUCAGCACAUUCGGACAAUCGUCAUGCUAUCUGUUGGGAUUUUGCAACGCUUCGCAGCUUGGAUAUGCCGCGGUCGUAUAUAUGUUGUCAGCCGAUUCAUCAAGUGUUCAACCUGCUGUUCUCGUCGGGUCUAAGACUAAGCUUGCUCCGAUGAAACCGUUAACAAUACCACGACUGGAGCUGAACGCCGCAGUGUUACUUGCCCGGUGGCUUGGGCGCAUCAAGCGAAUAUUGGAUCCUCAUCUCAAAAUUAUUGGGACUUACUGCUGGACCGACUCGAUGAUAGUCCUGUCCUGGUUAACGGUCCCUCAUACUUCGUUCAAAGUGUAUGUGUCCAAUCGUAUCCAUCAGAUCCGCACCAUAAUGCCUGACUGUAAGUGGAGCCAUAUUGAGUCGACAAACAACCCUGCCGAUUGUGCGUCAAGAGGUGUGAUGCCUUCAGAACUCACCAAGCUAUCCCUCUAUUGGCAAGGUCCUGCAAUUCUUCGGGCCAAUGAUAAAUCUCGUAACACCCAUGCCACUAUGCAGCCUACCUGAAGUAUUACCAGUGUCUCUCACAACUCGAACCGACCCGCAUGACUGUAAUGACGAAUGGUUCAACCGUUUUUCCUCAUAUGACCGCAUGAUUCGCGUCACCACCAUAUUGCACCGUUUCAUCAACCGACGGUGUCGUCGUUGUGUCCUAGAACCAAUUCCCACGAAGGGUCUGAGUCUAGUUGAGGUUGACUGUGCAACUCGUAGUAUUAUCAGAGAGUCGCAACGUAUUCACUUCUCUGACCUAUUACGUGAGUUAUCUUCUGGGGAUAGAGUAUCCUCAAAACCGUUGGCUCGUUUAGCUCCGUUCGUCGACGAUGUUGGAAUCAUUCGAGUUGGUGGCCGCCUUCGUCAUUCCACCCUAUCGUACAAGUGUAAACACCCAAUGUUAAUUGCCAAACGCUCCCAUCUAGCGCUAUUGAUUUGUCGUCGGUGGCAUCGCCUGACAUGCCACUCCGGCCCCCGUGUCAUGAUAUCACUCAUUUUACGCCAAUACUGGAUCAUCGCCAUUCGCUCGGUUGUACAUGAAGUGGUGACAAAAUGUUCUGUUUGCGUUCGUUUAGCUGCAAAACCUCCUCAACCUUUGAUGGCGGAUCUUCCUGCUGCACGUGUGCAACAAGUCCGUCCAUUCGCCCGAGUCGGCGUGGACUAUGCUGGCCCUCUACAAAUGAGAGAGUUAAAGCUUCGGAAAUCUCGGAGCUAUAAGGUGUACAUAGCGGUGUUCGUCUGUUUUUCUAUAAAGGCGGUCCACCUUGAAGUGGUGUCGGAUUUGUCAACUGAUGCCUUCUUGGCAGCGUUUGACCGUUUUGUCGGCCAUCGUGGACUCCCCAGUGAUGUAUACUCUGACUGCGGAACAAACUUCAUAGGUGCUGACAAGCAACUGCAAGCGCUUAUUAACAGCCCACAAGGUCAGCUCGCCAUUGAUACCAACUCUCGUCCACAUUGUAAAUGGCAUUUUAACCCCCCCAGUGCUCCGCAUUUUGGUGGGUUAUGGGAGGCGGCUGUCCGGUCCACUAAGCGUCUGCUGGUUCGCACAAUGAGCACCCACGUCUUCACCUACGAAGAAUUCAGUACUGUCUUGAUCCGCAUCGAAGCCGUCCUCAACUCUCGACCACUGACGCCCGCAUCCACAGACCCUCAUGAUUUGGAAUGUCUCACGCCUGGGCAUUUCCUCAUUGGACAACCACUGCUCGCUGUUCCACCUCGUUCCAACCCAGAUGCUACCCGUAAUUUGACAAACCGGUGGAAGUUACUAGAUCAGUGCCAUCAAGCAUUUUGGAAACGUUGGUCAUCGGAGUACUUGACAACGCUCCAACAACGCACUAAAUGGACAGAUCGCGUCCCUAACCUUAAGGUCAACGACAUGGUCGUCGUGGUUGACAAUCAAGCACCUCCUUUAUUUUGGCGUCUCGGUCGCAUCAUUGAACUGGUGCCAGGAUCCGACGGAACCGUGCGAGUUGCGUCGGUGUUAACGCAACAGGGACGCAUUACACGACCAGUAGUUAAAUUGGUUGUGCUACCGACCGACUGAAAAUGUAAAUUAUCCCAACCCCCAAACGAUUUAAUAUUUGCCUGUUUGUUAUUUGAGUAUUACUAAUUAUACGUGCAUGAAUCUCACACUUCAAUAUGACACUUACAUGCUAUGGUCAACACUACUGACAUAUGUGGCGGUUCACCUGCGAUGUCCCCGCUGAGGGGGGUUGGGGGAGCUGUAUACUGUACUGCUUUGUUCAAACGUGUUUUGUAUUGGUUUGUUCAAUAAUUUUAUUAUUUAAAUUGUAUAAUUAUUCCUGUAUUUUGUCCAUCAUUAUUUUAUAUUAUGUGUGUAUUAUUAUUCCCUUCCAUUUUUUAUACGUCAGUAUUAUAUUAUAUUCUAUUUUUUGUUUUACACUAUUAUACACCUCCGUGCCUUUUUUUCUUUUGUAUUAUAUAAAUUAGGUUCAACAUCAUCGGCGGCAUUUCCACAAUGACAAGCGGAGCUUCCCAUGGGGGAGAAUGUUUAAACUGCCGCCUUAUCCUAUCUGGAGUUUACCAUCAGUGCGCGCGAUAAUGCACGAUAACACGGCGAGUCUCGAACUUUGGACUCCUUCCCCCCCAUGCCCACGACCUGGACUGUUCGGACGUCGUCUCCGUGCCGCCAGUCUGUCUGCGUUCCAACGGUGCCGAUACACAGCGGCCCGUGCGCCUAGUUAUUGUGAUAUCCGUGUGUGUGGCGUGUGCCGUGGCAUUUUUUGUUGCUGUGUUGUACGUUGUUGAACUUGGGACGACACUAGUUGUGCGUGGUAGCUGUCGUCGUGUGUUUGAUCGCUGUUCGAAGGAUUUGGUACGUUCGUGCAGUGGUACCUAGGGUGAGUUAAUCCGACAACCGCGUGGGCGACAUACUCAUUGCUCACGGAGAGACAUAAAUUUACGGUGUAAACUCCAUCGUUUGUUGUGCAUCGUGCCUAAUUAAUCGGGUCAUCGAAUGCGCAUACCCUGUCGGGCUGAUAAUUGUAAUUUGAACGUUGUCGCGUUGUCCGUUAAACUUUGAGCAAUUAUUCGUCAGUGUCGCCGCCGCCGCCGUGAGGUCAUUGACCAUUGUGCCGCCGCCGCCGCCGUCAACAGCUGAUGUCGCGGCGUUAUCACCUACCACCGCCGCCGACGUUGUCAUAUUUGUAAUAUCUCGACGAGUAUCAUCGCCAUCACCGCUGUGGUAUCGUACUAUCAUUAUUAUUGUUUUAUAUUUUUAUCCUUGUCCAUGGGACAUAUUGUUUUUUUUUUUGUAAAAUUAUAAUCAUUAUUCGCUGACCGACAAAGAGACGUCUUUGACGGCAGCAACUCUGUACAAUAUUUAUUCACGUGCAUUGUUAUUAUUUCAUCUAUAUUAUAUAUUAUAUAUUAUUAUUGUAAAGCAGCUAUUGUGUUAGCAUUUAUUAUCAAGAACUCAGCGUCACCUCACCCCCAUACCAGCGCGAGUCGUCGUAGCUAACCGCCAUAUAUCGUAGGAGUUACGUCGGCGUAGAACAGUUAAAGUAAAGACGUCAUUUGACGUUUAAGAUAUUUGUGUUAAAAUAGUAAAGACGUCAAUUGACGUCCCUGUUUUUUUUUAAUAAAGUAGUAAAUUGACAUUAAUGACAUUUUUUUAAUUAAAAUUGUAUUAUUUUGGUUUUUAUUUUAGAAUUAAACUAAUUCGAUUUAAAAAAAAAAAUAAAUACGCCUUUUGAAGAACAAAAUUUUAUUAACUUAAAUAAAGAAUCACUUUUUGUAAAACAAUACCCUAAUACAUUUGUAUUUCAUAAUAUUAUAACAGAAUUAAUCGAAUUAAAUUAGUUAUAAUAAACUUAAAUAAAAAAUGAUUAUAAAGUAUUUUGGCGGCUAACACAGUUUUAGUCAAAAUCCGAUAAUAUUUUGUUUAACUAAAAUAACAUAUUACUUUUAAAGACAAAAAAAUCAUACCUAUAUAGCUGUUACUGAAUAAAUAAUAUUGUUUAUUCAGCUUGGAAAUCGAAUGGUUAGAGAACCAAUGGGUUAUAAAAAAACAUGAGAAAUAAUAUUUUGUUCAACUGAUUGUGUAUUGUUAAGAUUGUUUUCAUUUUAUUCUAUCCUAUCAUAAUGUUCUUUAUUAAGUAUAAUUUAAUUUCUAUUACAAUUCUAGUUGUUGCGAUUUGGGUUAUGCCUACUUCAGCAGAUCUAUUAUAUAAUCAUUGUUCUAGUAAUAUAUAUUUUUUUUAAUGAAUCAUUAGCAAUGGCUGUGAAUUUAAUGCAUGUGCAAUGCUUAUGUAAUCUAUCUGGAAGAAAUUAUAUUAAUAUAGAAGUUAAGAUAUAUUAAUUUUAUUAGUUUUAAUUAGUAUUAUUAUUUUUGUUAUUGAUAUUUUAUAAAUAAAUUUUAAUUACUAAUUUCAACAUUUUAUUUAUCAUACAUUGCAUUUUUUCAGUGAAUAUUAUAAUAUAUAUUUUGCCUGCAUUAAAUUCACAACUUUGAUUACCAGUAAAUAUAUUGUAACUUGAAAGGUUGUGAUAUAAAAUAUUAUUAAAAAAAAUCAAAAGGUUUAUAUUAUGGCUUAUUAUAAUUGAGAUUUAUGGCUUUCUGGCCAUUACCCCAAAGUUAUGGCUUUCUGGUCAUUACCCCAAAGAACUACAUUUUGAAAACAAAAAUCAAUAUCGAUUUUUAAUUAUUGGUGAUUACAUUUAAAAAAAAAACACACAAUGUAUUGAUUGUGUUUUCUUUGAAUUCUUUGAAAUUAUUAUUAAAAUAUAAUAAGUGCGUAAUUAUUUCAUAUAACCACUCAUAUAUAUACAUUUUAAGAAACUAUAUAUUGUGAAAUUAUCAAUUAUUUAGAACAAUAGUAAACAAAUUUUAAAAAUAAUCACUAUAUAUUUUAAUUUAACUAUAAUGAUCCUUAAAAUAUAGAUUUAGUGGAUUUUGGUUUCGUUCAUUAAAUAAUAUUGAACCAUCAAAUCACUUUAAUUAAUUAUUUCAUUAAUUUAUUUUAUACAUCACCACAAAUUAAUUUAAUUUAUUUUUUUUAAAUUUUAAAAUA